AUGGCGCUUCGCAUCUUUCGCAUUCCGCGCAUUCAGCGCUUUUUGGUCGUCCUGAGCUUACAGACCGGCGCUUCGCUCAUCACCUUGUCAUUACUUCUCAACAAAAUUAGCGGUCUAUAUGGACUCCUCGCUCUAUUAACCGGCUACCACCUCUCACCCAUCCAACUAUCCAUGUACAUCUACUCACUUGCCGCCCUCGCCCUCACCGCACUUCUUUUCCCUCAUAUCAGAAAACAAACGCCCCUUCAUUGCCUGGCCCUCGCCUGGCUUUACUUCUUGGACACCGUCAUCAACGCCGUGUACACUGUUGCAUUCGGCGCUACAUGGUUCCUGGUUGUAUCUCAACAUACUCAUAAUACGCCCACGACAUCUGGACUCGGAUCCACGAUCGAUGACACAUCCGGGUUCACCAGCCCGAAAUAUAACGUCUCGUCGGUGCACGUCCCUGUUCCUGGAGAUGGAAUCACCGCAGUUCCGGCAUCUUCACCAGCCGGCGUGGCUGCGGAUACAACAACCGGCACUCCCAGUCUUGGCGAUGGAAUCAAACAGCCCGAGAGCCUUGAAAGCAUCAUUAUGAUUUCUGUCCUGUUGCUGAUUCGCCUCUACUUUGUCUUAGUUAUGUUUGCUUAUGCCAGGCAGACAUUGCGCCAGAAGCUGCUGAAUGGUUCUCAGCCCUCCUACAACCAGCUUCCUACACACAGUCGUGCCACUUCAGUGGCAACGGUGGCUAGUGCGGCUGACAUUGACCGAGAGCCUUUCCUCCCUGGCACCCCCGAAGGCCAGGGCUGGCAAGGAACUUUGGGCCGUGCCAUGAUCAGCGUCUUCAGGAAUUACUGGUUGGCUCCUGAUACGUCAGAAGCCGAAGAUGCAAGCUGGAUGAAGGGAUUCGGUCAGAGUCUUCAUUCUCGAAACGAUUCCACAGUUGAGGGUCUAACGGAGCGAGAGCGACGUCGCCGGUCUGGUACCGGUCCCCCAAAGCCAUCGCAGUCAGUUCUUCAAGCUGCCUCUUUGAUGCAGCCCGUUGGCGGUGAAGGUGGCAAUGCCGGUGUUGACCUUCAAGAUUUGAACGAAAAUAGAUAA